AUGGCCUGCGAUGGUCAACAACGACGACGUGCAGCAACUAUCGACACCUUCUUUCCCAUUCAAGGGACCCGAUCUGUUGCCACAGCUUCAACGACCGUGGCAGAUGAAGUUGCCGACGUUGCCGCCAGUGCCCAACCGCCCGUGACCGCAGAAAGAGCCCCAUCGCCUUCGGCUGCGAGCACGCAGGCGCCAUCAUCGCUCCUUCCAUGCCCUCGACCUCCACCAGGUGUUCCCCUGCCGAUCAAUUUAGGGUCUCAAAUCACCUGCGCCGCACUCGGCAAUACGCUUUUUCAAAACGCACUCAUCAAGGCUCUCAAAGAGCACCCUAUUCCCAACGUCAAGCCUCCACAGUCCAGCACUCUGCAACGACUUGCCGAACACCUGCAUGAAAAGCACUGGACACGAUUCCCGAAUGCCAAGUCAAUUAAACAGAUUCGAUCGAUUGGGGCCGCUAAGCUCAAGCCGUUUCAUGAACAAACCUGGUUCGUCUUCGAACGCGUCAAUGAGGAGAUCCGACGCGCCAGUUCCCGCGCUCCUGCAAAUGGUGAGCCUGAGUCAUCAACGACAUCCCCUUCUGAACCCAUCACCGGCCCAGGGUCCUCCGCUAAUGUGGAGGACAGCGCUGAGACAUCAGAUCCACCAUUGCACCCUGAAGCAACAUCAGACAUCAUGCCCUCAUCACAACCGCAGCCGUCACCACAACAGCAACAACAGCAACAACAGCAGCCACUCCAUGAUGGUGCUCAAGCUGAGCCCGAGCCUGGGGACGCUUCCCCCAUGCAGCUUCUGUAG